UGGCUUUUUUUUCUUUCGGUCGGUGAGUUCCAGGGAGCCGGGGGAGUGGGAAGCCUCGCUCGGGACGUCCUGCAAAAAGCGAAGGCUGGGUCCGCUUGCUGCUGUCUCCUGUCUAAAGGGCAGGGGAGCGAGAGAGAGAGAGAUCCUUUCCCCUGGCCCCGUUGCGGGUCAGGUAGACCUCUUCUAUCCAAGGAGGCUUUCUUCGUCGCCAUAUGGUCAAACGGGCAGGAAAAGAUUUUUUACCCUCUGCGAAGCGAUGCGCAUUGUGAAGGAUUCCUCCAUGACUAGAUGUGACAUCUGUUCGGAGAUUUUUGGAAUGUGCUGCAGUUUGUCCUAUGUACUGUAUGAAUUGCACCAUCAACGUAAGAGUAAUUGCCUUCUUCAAACCGGCCCCUUCAGCUCAAUUGGGAGACAAGUGGAUUUCUCUUGCUGGGCUGCCAGAACAGUCUGAACCUAGAGCAAAGAUUGAUUGGUCGCUUGUCACUAACGACCCAGUGUCUCUUUUAUUCUUUUUAUAUUGGAUUUUUGAAAUUGUUUGCAAGCCACCCUCAGUCGCUAAAAGUGAGCAGGCGGCCUUCAAAAUUCUCUAAAUAAAUAAAAGAUUUCUGGCAAGGAAGGGAAGUUGCAUUCAAACAGAGGCUGUGUGCUGGAUGCAAAGAUGAAACAAUUAGACCCGUUGGUGGAUCUGAAUUUGGAUAAAGGCCCUGAUGAGACUUUUAUUCCCGGAGAGCUUCCGGGCUGCCUUGCAUCAAAACAGAUCAAACGAGAUCCUGAAGGAGAACAAGCCAAGGAUUGGGAAAGCCCGGGGCAGGAAUCUUUAAAGGUAAGGCGUCUCUCUCUCUCUCAUUCAAUUGGGAGGCAGAGGAAUUCUGACCCCUGGGACGAUGCCAAGAUCUUCCUGAUCUCCUUCGAGCAAGUGGCUGAAGCUUGCCGGUGGCCUAAAGCCGAAUGGAUGGCCCGGCUUUUGCCGGCACUGACCGGACCAGCCAGAGAGGCCUUUAAUGGCCUAGAAACCGUAGACCAAGAGGAUUAUGGGAAAGUCAAGGCUGCCAUCUUGCGAGGGGCAGCUUUCAAAAUGGAGGCCCAGCGCCAGCACUUUCGCCAGUUCCGCUACCAGGAGGUUGAAGAUCCGCGGAGGGUUUACGGUGACCUCCGGGAGCUUUGCUAUCGGUGGCUGAAGCCAGAGAAACACACCAAGGAGGAGAUUCUGGAGUUGCUGAUCCUGGAGCAGUUCCUGGCUAUCCUGCCCCCGGAGAUCCAAAGCUGGAUCCGUGAAUGUGACCCAGAGAAUUGGGUCCAGACUACAGACCUGAUGGAGGAUUUCCUGAUGAGCCAACAGGAGGCAGAGAUGUGGAAACAACAGGUGCCGGUAUCUUCCCAAGAUAGGGUUGGAGAUGCAUGCAAUCCUGUAAAGGAACUGCUAUUUGUGGAGAACAAAGAGCACAUUCUUGGGGAUUGGAGAUCAGCACAUCCAGAUGAUGAAAACAGCCCUUGUAACCAUCCAGUAACUUUUCCACCACCUGAGGGACAAGAUUUUGUAGAAACAGGACCAAAUGAGGUUCGUAAACAUCUGGCGGGAGGGGGGAGGCCUUGCGACCAGCUUUUUGUAACAGCGACAAUCUUGGAUAGGUAAUCCUCGAUUUACAA